AAGUGUACAGCUCAGGAAAUCUGUGUCGCUCUAAGCUUGGCUUAUCUGUUUGAUCGAAUCGCCAUGCCUCCCUCGGGCAUCAGUUUCAUUCAAGACCCACGACUUUUGAACAACAGUCCCAGGAAGGAGAGGAGGAAGUCUCAGACCCAACAAGAUGGCUCAAAGUUUCAGAAGGAGAUCCAGGUGAUGCUCUAUGCUGUCCUGGUGGACUUGUGUGAAAAAUUCACUUUUUUCGGCAUUGUCUGCAACAUGAUCCUUUUCUGCACCAUCAAACUUGGCUACCACAACUACCAGGCAGCCAUGAUCAACCUUUGCUUUUCAGGUGCCUGCAUGGUGACCCCUUCUCUGAUGGGCUGGCUUGCUGAAAGUCCAGGGGGACGGAUCAAAUUGGUAUAUAUCUGUGCAUUGCUGCAUUUUAUAGGUACAGCCCUGUUGCCUGUCGUUGCCUUCCCAUUUGAAGAUUUUUUCAUAGACAAACGCUAUGUCCUUCACACCUUGCCAAAGAGGGAACAAAAGGCACUGUUUUACAUUGGACUGUUUGCCACCUGUCUUGGUUCAGGAGGAAUAAGGGCCCUAGUGUGUCCUCUCCGCCUGUAUAAUCUUGAUGAAACAGGUCAAAAGGAGCGCCUGCCAUUUUUCAACUGGUUUUAUUGGCUGCUAAAUUUAAGUUCAGCCAUUGUGUUUGUCAGCAUUUCAUACAUCCAGCAGUCAGUGGCCAAAAACCUUGGUUUUCUUAUUCCCUUUGUCUCUGUCCUGAUGGCUCUGAUCACAAUUCACAUGGCACACAGUGAAAUGAUUUACCAGCCACCAAAAGGAAGUUGUCCAUUAACAGUCUGUGGUGUGGCUGCUAAUGCAUUGAAGGUGUGUUGUGUCAAAUGCCGCUACUUCAAGGAGAAUGUGACAAACUGGCUAGACCAUGCCAAGGAAAACUAUGGUGGCCAAUACAGCGAAACGCAAGUAGAAAGCACCAAGAUGCUUCUUCAUCUCUUUCCCUUCUUUGCUUUCCAAGUCCUCUAUCGCAUGUGCGUUAUGCAGAUCCCUUCUGGAUAUUAUCUUCAAGCAAUAAAUUCAAAUCUCAAUCUGAAUGGCUUUUUCAUACCAAUAGCAGCCAUGAAUCUGAUCAGCAUCCUGCCGUUCCUGAUUCUAGCUCCCAUUCUGGAGUGUCUCAGCACUUGUCUCUCCAGUGCAAAAACUAGUGGAUGGUCCCAUACUAUGUACAUUGUUGUAGGUUACACAUUUGCCACCUUGUCAAUGAUGGUUGCCGGGUUGUUUGAGGUGCACAGGAAACAUUUCCCUUCAGUGGAACAGUCUGUUUCGGGCAAAGUGCUCCUUGUUUCCUCCAUGCCGUGUAUCCAUCUGGCCCCUCAAUACAUCUUGCUUGGCGUAGCAGAAGCUCUGGUGACUCCCACCUGUUCCUUCAUCAUAUUCAGAUUUGUGCCAGACAGAAUUCGAGGGAUCGCCAUGCAAGUCUCAACUUUCUUCAGUGGAGUUGGAUGCAUUACGGGGGCACUUUUCAUCGAAGCAGUUUACUAUGGCUCACAAGGUGACUGGUUUCCAAAUAUUCUAAAUGAGGGCAAAUUGGAGAGAUUCUACUUUUUCUUGGCCUCGUUAAUGAUGAUUAAUACUUUGGGCUUCUGGACUAUUUCACAUAGAUACAAUAACCUCUGGCAAGACUAUGGUGAAGGAUUCGAAGGGAGUCUUCUUCAAGAACAACUUUUACAGCAUGAGAAAUCACUUGAAUUUUAUGACAGUAUCCUAGAUUGUCCUACUCCAUUGUCUCCUGUGGAGACUCUCCUGUGAAAUCUUGCUCAAAAAUCAUCUGGUUGAACACUCCAUGGAGUUACUUAG